AUGAGCGAUAUCGACGACGAGGAUGCCCCAGCCUUGGUAGAAUCAAAGGACGAUGCGGGAGCGCUCGGAAAAGCUCCUAUCACUAUCGUUACUGGGUACUUAGGUGCUGGAAAAACAACGCUUCUGAACUAUAUUCUAACGGAACAACACUCAAAGAAGAUUGCGGUGAUUCUUAACGAAUUCGGCGAUUCUGUGGAUAUUGAAAAAUCAUUGACUAUUCAAACUAAUGGCCAACAAGUUGAGGAAUGGUUAGAAUUAGCGAAUGGAUGCAUUUGUUGUUCUGUAAAAGACACAGGUGUUGCCGCAAUCGAAAAGCUUAUGGAGCGUCGCGGAAAAUUCGACUAUAUUCUCCUAGAAACGACCGGCUUGGCUGAUCCAGGAAACAUUGCACCGCUAUUCUGGCUCGAUGAUGGCCUUGGAUCCUCCAUUUUCCUAGACGGUAUCGUUACACUUGUAGACGCAGCAAAUAUCCUCCGAUCACUAGACGAUACAACCAUGCUAGAAGGAGAGGACCGGAAGGAGGGGGAUGAACAGACAACCACAGCGCACUUGCAGAUUUCACAUGCCGAUGUUAUUGUUGUAAACAAAGCUGACUUAGUAACGUCGAAACAAUUGGAAGAGGUUAAGAGUAGGGUCACUGGAAUAAACGGGUUAGCAAAGAUUGUGGUUACAGAGCGUGGCAAGGCGGAAAGGUUAGAGGGAUGGUUGCUCGACAUACAAGCUUAUAAGGAUGUCGGUAAUUUGAAGACAAGUGUUAAGUCGACGCUUGAUCCCACUAUCUCGACGGUUUCUCUUGAAAUUCCACUACUGGAUCAGAGACAAUUGGAACUCCUGGAGAUGUGGUUACGCUCUCUCCUCUGGGAGGGUGAAGUCCCAUUUCCACCAGAACUACAAACUGAUAAGUCCUGCGAGGAGAAAGGGAAGUCAUCGCCGCUCGAUAUACACAGAUUGAAAGGGAGAAUAUCAACGAAAGACGGAAAACAACAGCUGAUCCAAGGAGUCAGGGAGGUUUUCGAGAUAUUCGACGCUCCUAACCAAGAGGUAUUUGAUCAUGUGGGCGGAAAGGUCGUAUUGAUAGGGCGGGGAUUAAGUGGUGUAGAUUUGAAGGGAAGCGUGGACUGGUUCAUCUCACAAGACUAA